AUGAGGAUGGAAAAACCAACAGAGAAACCACUUUCCGCAAGAGACAUUACUGAUGACUAUUAUGGGGGUUCAAUGGAUGAUAUAGACUGUUUAAACUUUUUCGAAAGAGCUGUCCAAGACCCAUGCUGCGAGGCCUGUGACACAGAGGAUGCAGACGAAGAACUGAGAGCAAAGCUCAGUAAUUUUAAUUUUCAGUCUGAAUCGUCUCCCUGCAGUGGUAAGUGCCAACAAAUGCUAAAUCCGCUGUGUGAAAUAGAUGAACGCCAACCAGCGAUCUCUGAAUUAGUUCGGUCGAGAAAUGAUUCAAUCUCUGAGGCUAAUUCUGACACAAAUUCUAUUGCGUCGUCUAUCCAUGACCCUAACGACUCCAAAUAUGAAGCUAUGCCCAGCUUGAGGAAAGCAAAAACAACGUCAUACUUUACUUCAUCUUCGGCAAACAACACUUCAAUGAGGAACCCAUUGAAAAAAUGCAGUACAAAUGUAAAUGGCCUUUUAGUAAAUGGAAGAAACUCAAGCUCUUCCAGACAGUCCAUACCGGAGCUGUUCAGUGGUGCGUGUACAAAGAAGAAAAACAAUAUAUUGUUGAAGAAUGAAACACCACAUUCGGAACUCUCCAACAACUCCCUUCAACAUUCCAAUACAAGGUCAUUCUCUUUACCCAGGUCAAGAUCGAGGUCUUCUGCCAUCGCUAUACCCACACAUUUGUAUGGUUUGGAAAAAUACGUUUCGCCAGAGUUGGAUACCUUAACUGCCGACCCAGAAGAGGGCAUUCAGAGUUCUCUAAAUACUUGUCACCAUGAAGUUUCAUCCUGUUCUUUAAACGAUACAGGAGACACAAAUUUGUCAUUACCUCAUUCAGAUAAUUCAUCAGCGCUUAAUUUUCCCCUAGGUACUAAUACGAAUCAAUGCCACUUACGAAGGCAGCAAGUACAACAGCAGCAAUUUUCAAAAGCAAACUUUGGUGCUGGAAGGAAAAAAUCUUUCAUUGAAAUGUCAUUGGCAAACUCAUUUGCAGGUUAG